AUGUAUGGUUGUCAUGGUGUUAUAGGAAAAAUUAGUCCUGAGUAUGUCUCACUUGAUGGUCAUUUGUAUUGGAUCAAUUGUUCAGCUGACCAGUCCUCAGUACCAGAGUCAAUUGUGAUUUUCUCGAUUAUAACGAGAGAAAUCAAUAUUUUGCCUAUACCAGUACAAUUUCGAUCACAUUGUCAUAAGAUCUUAAGUUAUCAGGAAAAGGUUUGCUUCAUUUCUUACCCUGGAAGUGUAGAUAACUGUCGUGUAUCCAUGUGGAGCAUUGAACGAAGAAGGAAUGAUUCUUUCUCAUGGAAGGGAAGACUCAAGUUACAAGGUGUAAAGAUAUACGACCAUCCUAGAUUAUUUAUAGACAAAGAUCUCAUUACAUUAACGGAUGAGAGUAUACAUACAGGAAGACCUUCCAAUGAAAUUAGAAUCAAAGACCAGAUUCCUCACAGUGUCACACAUUCAAAGAAGAUUAUUCUGUUGGUAGACGACCUCUUGCUGAAAUACAAUCAGUUUCCCGUGCAUCUCAUUUGUGCCAAACAUUGUGCAAGUCUAAAAACUAUUUUGUUUCAAGGAUGUACUGCACGAGAGAGUAUUGUUACGGAAAUAAAGAAUAGUUCCCAAAUUCAGAGAAAGUCUACAAGAAAUCGUGAUACUUCCCGACGAAUAGAUGUAACAACACAACAUGCAACUCUAUCAGGAGAACAUCUUGGGAAGACUUCCUCUCAUAUUCAACCAGGCACGGUGGAAGAGGACAAUUCUAUUUGUGACGAUCACGAUGAAACACAUGAAGACCAUGCUGAAGAACCACAUAAUUUACCGCCUGACACUAUGUUGCAAAAUGAAAGAGAAGGUUAUUUAGAUAUGGGGGAUCCAGAUUUUGAGUGCGAGCACUGUGGCGCUAGGUUCUGGUAUGAUGAACGAAUUGAUAGACAUUAUAAUUCAAGAAAUCCUAAAUUCACUUUAUGUUGCCGUCGAGGUCAAGUGCAGCUACCAAGACUACAACAACCACCAGAAAUUCUUGAUGAGUUAUUCUUUGGCUCAGAUGCAAAAGCUAUUCAUUUCCAAAAUAAUACUCGCACAUAUAAUAGCAUGUUUGCUUUUACUUCAUUUGGGGGGAAAAUAGAUAGAUCCGUUAACAACAAUAGUCGAGGACCCCCUACCUUCAUUUUGCAUGGUCAGAAUUAUCACCUUAUGGGAAGUUUAUUGCCUCAAGAAGGAGCGUCAGCAAAAUUUGCUCAACUAUACAUUUAUGACACUCAAAAUGAGAUUAAAAACUGGACUUCAGUUGUAAGUUCUGACAAAGACGCAGAUAAAUGGAAUGUUCACAUAGUUUCAGACAUUAUACAAAUGCUAGAUACACAUAAUGUUCUUACCAAAUCUUUUCGUUUGAUGCGGGAUGUCCUGACUAAUAAUCCCCAAACAAACGUGCGUCUUAAGCUCAUUGGAAAAAGGGGUAGAGAUGGAAGAACAUACAACUUGCCAUCAGUUGAUGAGGUUGCAGGCUUGGUUGUCGGAGAUUUUGAUCCACAUACACAAGGAAGGGAUAUUAUUGUUGAAACAAAGUCUGGUGAACUUAAACGGAUUUCUGAACUACAUCCGUCAUACCUAGGAUUACAAUACCCUUUAUUGUUUCCAUAUGGUGAAGAUGGUUGGAGGGAAAAAAUUUCAUUGAAUAUAGUUAACACCAAUCCUAACAAUGAAAGCUCCUAUGUAAGUAUGAGGGAUUUCUUUGCUUUCAGAAUACAACAUAGAAAUUUACGUGAGGGUGUUUUGAUCUAUUCUCGAAGACUUUUUCAACAAUUCAUAGUUGAUGCCUACUCAAUGAUUGAAGCUUCUAGGUUGAAAUAUGUGUACUCAAAACAAAAAGAAUUUAGAGCUGAAAUCUAUAAGGGACUAAAAGAUGCAAUUCUCAAUGGAGAAACUGAAGCAUCUAACAUUGGAAAGCGCAUUAUUCUACCGGCAACCUUUACAGGUGGACCAAGAUAUAUGAUCCAAAAUUAUCAAGAUGCAAUGGCCAUCUGCAGAUCAAUUGGUUAUCCAGAUUUAUUUAUUACAUUUACUUGCAAUCCACAAUGGGAAGAAAUCAAACGUUAUUGCAAAGAGACCAACUUGAAGCCUGAAGACAGACCUGAUGUAAUUUGCAGGUUAUUCAAAGCAAAGUUGGAGAAGCUUAUCAAAGACAUUCAUAAAAAUAGAAUUUUUGGUGUUUCCAAAGCAGUGAUAUAUACCAUCGAGUUCCAGAAACGUGGAUUGCCACAUGCGCAUAUAUUACUAUUUCUUGCAGCAGAAUAUAAAUAUCCUUCUCCAGAAGAUAUUGACAAAAUCAUAUCAGCUGAGAUCCCAGAUCCAUUACAUGAUCCAAAUUAUUAUGAAGCAGUUAAGCAUUUUAUGGUACAUGGGCCAUGUGGGCUUGCAAAGAAAAACUCCCCUUGCAUGGAAAACGGUAUUGAGUUGGAUAAUCGUUAUGUUGUGCCUCAUAAUAGAUUCCUAUUGUUAAAAUAUGGUGCUCAUAUAAAUGUUGAGUGGUGCAAUCAAUCACGUUCAAUCAAGUAUCUAUUCAAGUACAUUAACAAAGGAAAUGAUAGAGUAACAGCAUCUUUCUAUUCAAAUUCAGCAGUUGAUCGUCCUAAUUUCAUUGUAGAUGAAAUAAAAAUGUUUCAUGAUUGUCGCUACAUCUCUCCAUGUGAAUCUGCUUGGAGGAUAUUUGCAUAUGAUAUACAUUAUAGGAAACCAUCAGUUGAACGGCUGAGUUUUCACUUGCCUGAUGAGCAGACAGUUCUAUUUGAAGAUAACGACACAUUGCAAACCACGGUAAACAGAGCAACAAUCAAAGAAUCAAUGUUCAUAGCAUGGUUCAAAGCAAAUGCAACUUAUGAAUCAGCCAGACUAUUAACUUACAAUGAAUUCCCAACUCAUUUUGUCUGGAAACGAAGCAUCAGAACUUGGGAACCAAGAAAAAGUGCUCAAGUAAUUGGUAGAUUAUUCUUUGUCCCACCAUCAUCCGGUGAAUUAUACUAUCUUAGAAUGCUAUUGAAUAUUGUAAGAGGUCCAACAAGUUAUGAAGAUGUUAAAACAUACAAUGGUGUCAUCUACUCUUCAUUUAGAGAUGCGUGUUAUGCACGAGGUUUAUUAGAUGAUGAUCAAGAAUAUGUUGACGCAAUUGAAGAAGCAAGUCACUGGGGAUCUGGACACUAUGUGCGCAAACUUUUUGCAACACUUUUGUGGUCAAACACAAUGGUACGACCUGAGGCCGUUUGGGAAAAAAGUUUUGGGCUAUUAUCAGAUGGCAUACUACAUGAUCAUAUCACCAUGUUUAACUCACCAGAUUUGACUCUGUCUGAAUCUGAGUUAUUACAACUGACUCUGAUUGAAAUCGAGCAAAUACUUAAUAGUAACGGAAAGACACUGCGUGAUUUUCCAACAAUGCCAUAUCCUAAUAUGGAAAACAUAAACCUUCAACGGCGGGGAAUUAUGCAAAAUAAAUUAAUACUUGAUGAACUAUCUUAUGAUCGUGUUUUCUUAGCAGAACAACACAGUCAAUACUUAGCACAAAUGACAUCGGAACAGAAGACCGUUUAUGAUAAAAUUAUUGCUGCCGUGAACUCAAAUUCAGGAGGAGUUUUCUUUUUAUAUGGAUAUGGAGGUACAGGUAAGACUUUUAUUUGGAAAACAUUAUCUGCUGCUAUUAGGUCAAAAGGUGAAAUUGUCUUAAUAGUUGCUUCGAGUGGUAUAGCAUCUCUUUUAUUACCUGGAGGAAGAACAGCUCAUUCCAGAUUUGCAAUACCUCUUACUCCUGAUGAAUAUUCUACUUGCAACAUUAAACAAGGAAGUCCAUUGGCAGAGUUAAUUUCUGAAACAAAACUUAUUAUUUGGGAUGAAGCACCAAUGAUGAAUAAGUUCUGUUUUGAAGCACUAGAUCGGACUAUGAGAGACUUGCUUCGUUCUACUAAUGAUUCAAGUUUAUCAUUACCUUUUGGUGGUAAAACUGUAGUCUUUGGCGGAGAUUUCAGGCAAAUUCUUCCAGUUAUCACAAAAGGGUCUCGACAGGACAUUGUUAAUGCUUCAAUUAACUCUUCUUACCUGUGGCAUGAGUGCCAAAUUUUGAGCUUAACACAGAAUAUGAGAUUAAGAACUUCAACUGGAAUUCACAAUAGUGAGGAAUUGAAAUCGUUUGCAACAUGGAUCUUGAAUGUAGGUGAUGGAAGGCUUGGACAACUAGAAGAUGGAUGUGGGUUAGUUGACAUACCACAAGAACUUUUACUGACAGAUUUUAAUGACCCAAUCCAAGCAAUUGUUGAAGCAAUUUAUACUGACUAUCUAAAGGACUAUUCAAACAUACAACAUUUGCAAGGAAGGGCUAUCCUUGCGCCAACUAUUAGCGUUGUUGAAGAAGUUAAUGAUUACAUGCUCUCUUUGAAUAACAAUGAAAUGAAAAGAUACCUAAGUUCAGAUUCGCCUUGCUUUAAAGAAGGAGAUAAUGACACAUUAGCUAGCAUACACACUCCAGAAUUUUUAGCAAGUAUAAAAUCACCAGGUCUCCCAAACCAUGAACUCUGUUUUAAAGAAGGUUGUCCUGUAAUGUUGAUUCGAAAUAUUGAUCAUUCAGCCGGUCUGUGUAAUGGAACUAGAUUGGUUAUCACAAGGCUAGGCAACAAAGUAAUCGAAGCUAAGGUCUUAUCAGGAAGCAAUAUUGGAGAAAAGGUGUUCAUUCCAAGAAUGACCUUAACCCCGUCAGAUGGAAAAUUACCAUUCAAAUUUCAAAGAAGACAGUUUCCUUUGAUGUUAUCAUAUGCAAUAACCAUAAAUAAAAGUCAAGGUCAAUCUUUAAAUCAUGUUGGGUUGCUACUUAAGCAACCUGUUUUUACACAUGGACAACUUUAUGUAGCUGUUUCAAGAGUUACUAACAAAGAUGGACUAAAGAUCAUAAUAUCUCAUGAUCAAUCCAACAAUUCCACAUCAACAUAUAAUGUGGUCUAUCAAGAAGUUUUCAGAAAUAUUUAA